GCACUAAUUAAAAAUAAAUAAAAGGUAGUGCGUUUUAAUGAGAGGCAAAGUAUUGUAUAAAAUGAAUUAUAGUCCGAAAAGCAGUGGUGAAAAGAUGAUGUCCCAUUCCGGUAUCCUCCUGGUGCUGCUGCUCCUCAGCUCCGUGGCAGCGGCGGCUCUGAGUCUCCGGCGGAAUUUCUAUUUGGAGAGCUGCCCGGAAGCUGAAGUGAUAGCGCGCGACGUGCUUAGUGGGACCAUGGCCGGAGACGCUAGAGCUGCGGCGUCCGUGAUGCGACUGCAGUUCCACGAUUGCUUAGUUAUUGGUUGUGAUGGGUCGUUGUUGUUAGAUGAAACAGCGGAAAUGGCGGGGGAGAAAUCAGCGCUGUCGAAUGUGAACUCGUUGAGAUCGUUCCAAGUUAUCGAUGAGAUUAAGGAAGCAUUGGAGAAGGCUUGCCCCACACUUGUUUCUUGUGCUGAUAUUCUCAUCAUGGCUGCCAGAGAUGCUGUUUUCCUCAGUGGGGGGCCAAAAUGGGAGGUGAAGCUAGGGCGGCAAGACAGCUUAACAGCCAGCCAAGAAGCAUCAAAUGAGAUAAUGCCAAGUCCAAGGGCAAAUGCAACCUCCCUCAUAGCCCUUUUCACCAAAUUCAAUCUCUCUGUUCAAGAUUUGGUGGCCCUUUCUGGAUCCCACUCCAUUGGCAAAGCAAGGUGCUUCUCCAUAGUCUUCAGGCUCUACAACCAGUCGGGCUCCGGCCAGCCCGACCCAGACAUCGACUCCCAAUACCGGGUGGAGCUCGACAAGCUGUGUCCACAAGGAGGAGAUGGGAAUGUCACUGGAGACCUGGAUGCAACACCUCAAAGAUUUGACAGCCAAUAUUACAAGGAUCUCGUCCGAGGGAGCGGGUUUCUGAAUUCGGAUCAAACUCUGUUUGCGUUGCCGCAGACAAGGAAGUACGUUGAGAUUUUUAGCAAGAAUCAGGAGAGAUUUUUCAAGGCAUUUGUGCAAGGGAUGAUUAAGUUGGGAGACCUACAGUCGGGGAAGCCUGGGGAGAUUAGGAGGAAUUGUAGGGUUGUUAAUAACAUUUCUUAUUAACAAUGAGCGACUGCUAGUGAACAAACAAAGGUUAAACAGAAUUAUUGUUGGUUGUGAAUCAAGACUAUAAUCGUGUUUGAAGAAGUUAAUAUUACGAUGCUAAAAUGGUUUCAUAUUUUAUCAU